UUACUAGACUUUUUGCUAUAGUACAUCUUGAAUUUCCCUUGGUAGCCAUUUCAAAUAAAUCGCCUUAUAAUAAUCGAGAAUGCUAAUCAAAUGUCUCCUCCUUUGCUUCGUUAUCAAUUCGGCAAUGAGUGGACCCGUCUACAUUGACGAACUCGAAGAUCUGGUAGCAGAAGGACCUGAUCGGUACGAAUUGAAAAUGCUGGAUCGUAACAAGCAAAUGAUUAGGUCUGAGAAGCAACAACGCCUAAACGAGAUUCUUGCACGGCAGACCCCUUAUAUUCAACAAGCCUACAGUGCAAAAGUGCUAUACGAGAUGAAUAAGCGUAUUGCGAAAGCACAAUACGAGCAGCAAAUGGCCAAUCUACGAGGACAUGGCAACUUUGCCGCCCAAAUGAAUGCUAUCAGAAAUGACAUGAGCAUAUCGUCAGCAGAAGCGGACCGGAGGAAAAAAGAACUAAGACGUCAGUACUACGCUGCAUAUCCUUCAGCAAGAGAAAUUGCAUGAUUGUGCUCUUCAGUCGUGUUAUUUGAUUAAAGGCUGCGAUCAGAGCUGUUCGUGCCGGUGUCGUACUGAAAUUACAACGUUGCUCGCUCGGUUCGCUCUCACAUAGUUUCAGCACGGCGCAGGCACAACUCUGGCACGCGGGCAACUCUGAACGUUGUCUGCAUUCGAAUGUAGGCUCAUUUUUGAACUACUUUCUAGGAGAUCUAUCUACUGCUGAUUCUUCAUCUCGUUUUAGAUAU